AUGGUCUCACUGCUCCCAACGCGGUUGUGGUUCACUGCUACCUUCGCCAUCGUUUGCUUCAUUAGCUCUGUAAGGGCUCUCAGUGUUGAUAUUCCUGCUCAUGGUGUCCAAUGCUUUUACGAAGACCUUACAGUGGGUGACAAGAUGACGGUGACCUUCCAGGUUGGUGAGGGAGGUAACCUUGAUAUCGACUUUUGGGUCUCGGAUCCCCAAGAUCAUAUUAUGAAGAGUGCCUCGAGAGAAUCAUCAGGCGUCCACGUGAUUGAAGCAUCGAUUGCUGGCAAACAUACCUACUGCUUUGGAAACCAAAUGUCAUCCGUUACCGCCAAGUCUGUCAGCUUCAAUGUGCAUGAUAUGCAAAAGAUCAAGUCUACAGCUACAGAGAAAAUCGAUCCUCUUGAACGUGAGAUCCGGGAAUUGGCUGAUAGUAUCCAUGGUAUCAAGGCUGAGCAAGAAUACAUUGUUCUCCGUGAACGUCAACAUCGCAACACUGCUGAAAGCACUAAUGCUCGUGUCAAGUGGUGGUCUUUGGGGCAGUUGGCAUUGUUAGCCGCCGUUUGCUUCCUUCAAGUUGUCUAUCUCAAGCGUUUCUUUGAAGUCAAACGUGUAGUAUAA